AUGACGAUGAUCAUGACAACCGAAGCAACAGAAUUCGCACAGCAUCAGGUAACUUGUGAGCACCAACGCUUCUCAUUUCCCCUCAGAGAUGUAGUGAUGUGGCUUCGUGGUGAUGAUGAAGAUAACAUUUCUCAUUCACAGAUACAAGCGACUGAAAGAGAUCGCAUGUACGAGUCCCUUGAAAGCACACUAGACGAUGAAGAUGAUGAUGCGUCUGGCUACGAAGUAGGAUCAGAAGGCGAUCUUGCCAUUGAAAAACGAAGCUCGUUACCCCUUCUGGAAUCUAUUUGCAGCAGCGAAGCCGAUGAGAUAGAGACGGGAUACGAUGGGGACAACGACCAUGAUGGUUAUUCUAUUGAAACUGACAGUCUAGUCUUGGCAGCGGAACGACUGCCUCACUUGCUCAAUCACCCACAACGCUUUGAUCCUUCAUCCAUUAAGGGACGAAAGAGCGUCCAAGCUCCAAGGAGGCGAGGAGCACGUGUAUCAUGUGUUCUCCGUAGAAACGCAGCUCUUCGGCCAUCAAUCAUGCGAGCAGUCACCAAGGAAAAAACUGAAGAGAAAGAAGAACUAGGACUAAGUUUCCGAGUACUCCGUUCCCAAGAUUCCCUGCUUCUGACCAAAGAGAGAAUCGAAAACGAACACGAAGUAGCAAGUGAAGCAGAGGACGAUUCUUUCAUCGAUCAGACUACAAGAAACCGAGCUUCGUCUUCAUCGUCAUCAUCGGUGGGUUUCCGUCAAUUCCGCUCCCAAGACUCUCUGCUUCUGACCAAGGAGAGAUUAGAACAUGAUUACGAAAUCACAAGUGAUCAGGCUACCACAAGCCAAACUUCAUCGUCGAUGGGCAUGACUUCGUUAAGCCCCAGAACAAUUAUCAGCACUGGUACCUACGAUGGCUUUUCGACAAAGAAGAGGCGCAGUGCCCAUCAUCACAAGAGUGCUGUAGCCUUUCCAAGCCUUAGUACCAAAAACCACGAACAAGCAUGUGUCACCUUUGGCAGUUCGUGUCAAUGA